AUGUCUGUCAUGCUACCAUUAGCUACCUACAGUUUGAAUGUUGAACCUUACACCCCGGUUCCAGCAAUCGACGUAACGAUGCCCAUCACCAUCCGUAUCACAAUGGCUGCUUUGAACCCGGAAGCCAUUGACGAAGAGAACAAGCCAUCGACUUUAAGAAUCAUCAAAAGGAACCCAGAUUUUGAGGAUGAUGAUUUCUUAGGUGGUGAUUUUGAUGAAGACGAAAUAGACGAAGAAUCCUCUGAAGAAGAAGAUGAUGAAAAGACCGAGAAGAGGAAGAAAAGUAAAAGCAAGAAGGUUGAAAGUGAAAGUGAUGGCGAUGAAGAAGAACAUGACGACGAAGACGACGAGUUCCAAGAAUCUGUCCUUUUGACUUUAUCUCCGGAAGGCCAAUACCAACAGUCUUUAGACUUGACCAUUGCUCCAGAAGAAGAAGUCCAGUUCAUUGUCACUGGUUCUUACGCUAUCUCCUUGAGCGGUAACUAUGUCAAACAUCCAUUUGAUACUCCAAUGGGAGUUGAAGGUGAAGACGAGGACGAAGACGCUGACAUUUACGACAGUGAAGACUACGACUUGACACCAGAUGAGGACGAAAUUUUUGGCGAUGACAUGGACGACUUGGAUGACGAAGAGGAAGAAGAAGUUCGUAUCGAAGAAGUCCAAGAAGAAGAAAAUGGAGAAGAUGAAGAAGAAGAAGAAAAGGAGGAGGUGGAGGAAAAAAAAGAAGUUAAACCAGAACCUAAAAAAAACAAAAAGGAAAAAAAGAGAAAGCACGACGAGAAAGAAGAGGAAAAGAAGGCUAAAAAAGUAAAGAAGGUGGAGUUCAAGAAAAACCUGGAGGAAGGUCCAACAAAGCCCAAAAGCAAAAAGGAACAAGAGAAACAUAAACCAAAGACCAAGGUUUUAGAAGGUGGUAUAGUAAUCGAAGACCGUACUAUCGGCGAUGGCCCACAAGCUAAGAGAGGUGCCAGAGUAGGCAUGAGAUACAUUGGUAAGUUGAAGAACGGUAAAGUCUUCGACAAGAAUACCAGCGGAAAACCAUUUGCAUUCAAACUUGGCCGUGGUGAAGUUAUCAAAGGCUGGGACAUUGGUGUUGCCGGUAUGUGUGUUGGCGGCGAACGUAGAAUCGUAAUUCCAGCUCCAUAUGCCUACGGGAAGCAAGCCUUGCCAGGUAUUCCUGCCAAUUCCGAACUGACAUUCGAUGUUAAAUUGGUUUCUAUGAAAAACUAG